UAUCACGCCAUCAGAUUCUCCAUCACCUGUUUUUAUUCAUAACAUACAUAUCUAAUAUCAUAAUGGAAGGACUCAAUGCCUCGGAACAGCGCGAGUUCGCCGCUCGCAUGGAGAGGAAGCAGCUGAAGGAGUUCAUGACCAUGUACUCCAAGCUCGUCCAGCGCUGCUUCGAUGACUGUGUCAAUGACUUCACCACCAAGUCCCUGAUCUCCCGCGAGGAGGGCUGCACCCUCCGCUGCGUGGACAAGUUCCUGAAGGGCUCUCAACGCUUGAACGAACGCUUCCAGGAGCAGAACGCCGCUAUGAUGCAGAGUGGUCAGAUGCCCGGGCGGUAAUGGAUUGAUUGAAUGAUCUGCUUGUUCUUCUGGGUUCGGCGGUUCGUGUACAAACUAGACUUUUUCAAAUGAUGACCCCCGUUGAUUGCAUUUGGUCUGGGAUUCGGCUAUGAUCUGGAUUAGGGUUUCCGCUUUGUUGAGUCCCGAGUACUCAAUGAGCAUCUAUCCAUGUUGCUCAUCGGCUCGUGCCCUGGGGAAUGUACUGUACAAUAUAGUGAUUAUGGACGUGCAAUGGACCCUUGAUGGGUAUGUUAAGGUAUUUAAUUGAAACCAUCAGGUGUUGUUUUCAUGCCAACGAUUGCUGUAGAUAAGAAACUAGCAACUAAGCGAAUGGUACCUGAAAAUUGGAACCAAGAGAAAAAAAGAAAAAAAGAAAAAAGAAA